AUGUUUUCAAAAGCAGAAAUAGAGAAUAUUGUCGAGCAUUUGAAGCCAUUCCCAAUUGAACAGUGGGGCAGUCAUGAGUGGCUCAAGCAAAUGAUAGGAAUUGAAAAAAUUAACGUUCAGGCACAUGUUGAAGCAUCAUCUAAUAAGUUCGAGUCAGUUGUCGACUGUAUCAAGACACAUGACAAGUUCGAAGUCCUUGUGCAUGAACUUAUUGCAACAGAUAUGUGUCUUAAUAACAUGUUUUCCAAAUUUAAAUCCAAAUUACCACAACAAGCCUUUGCAAGAGUAUUUGUUGUUGAAAGAUCACUCAGUACACUUUUAACACUUCUUGGUUUUGUUGUUUUCAAACCAGAAAGUCUCUCAUCUGAGGGUUUACUUCCAUUAAUCGAUUUCUGUGCAGCAAAACUUGCGCAACUUACAAAAAUGGAUGUUGGUGAUAUCGAUCCUACCAAGGAACAAGAUCCACUUCUUCCAAAAUUCCAAAUUUGUUUUGGAGCUCUUUCAAUAAUUUGGUGUAUUGCCUGUGCAACACCAGAUCCAGGUUUUCCGAUCUCUGUUACAAAACGCCUUGUCAAUGAAGACGAUUUAAUACCAACCCUUUGCGAGCUUGUCAUCAAACAACCAUGGAGAACAAUUCGCAAAGGAAAAGUUCUCAAAUGGGGAGACAAUGCACUUAUGGAACUCGAAAAGAAGGAUGCCCUUAGAGUAUGCAAAUCAGAAGCUCACGCAUGGACAGCAAUUCAGCAGCUUCUUGAGCCAAGAUGCCUAGAAUUGACAAAUUGGAAUGACUCAAGGAGAGAAUCACUUCUACACGUUGAAGGAAUGCUUUCUGAAGUGUUAAUUGACCAGUUACCUCCAUUGCAAUCACUUAAGAGAGCUCUCCAGUACUUAAGAGUCAACAUUCCUCCACCUCCAAAGUUCCAAGCUAUUAUUGAACAGAUCCCUCCAAUGAAGGAAGAGUUUGACAGAAAUUGGGACUGGAAUUCGCUUUCUGAUAAAUGUUUCAACAAAUACUUCAAGACAUCUCCACAACAGGCUCAGGCUGAGCUUCAGAUGAUAUCGGAAUAUCUGUCAAUCUUUGCUAAUUUAGAAGGACAAUAA